AGCAAAUCUACCGACGACCUCGCUCCCCUUUCAUCUCCCUCAAUGCAGCCUCCCCCUUCCCGCCCUUCACGCCCCUCGCCGCCAGUAUAAAUGCCCUGCCGACCACCACCACCUCACACUUCCCCGCCUCCUGCAGCAUAGCAAAGAUGGGUCUUGCUCGGCUCUGCGUCGCUCUCCUCCUCGUCGCCGUCUCCGUUAACGGCGGCGGCCACGGUGGCGGACAUGGUGGCGGCAUUGGCGGUGGUUACGGCGGUGGCGGCUUCGGCGGCGGCCACGGCGGAUUUGGCGGCGGUCACGGUGGUGGCAUUGGCGGCGGGUACGGUGGCAGCUCAGUCAUCAUCGGUGGCGGCAAGGGCGGCUUCGGCGGCGGCUGGCGGCGGCGGCCAUGGCGGCGGCUUCGGUGGUGGCCAUGGAGGCGGCAUUGGCGGCGGAUAUGGCGGCGGUAACUUCGGUGGCGGCAAGGGUGGCUUCGGUGGCGGCCAUGGAGGCGGUAUUGGCGGUGGAUUCGGCGGCGGCAAGGGAGGUUUCGGCGGUGGCCAUGGCGGCGGCAUUGGCGGCGGUCACGGCGGCAUCAGCUAUGGCAAGUAAGGAGAUAAGAGCGAUUCGAUUCCGUAUCCCUUUCCCUUCAUCCCCCAAUUCCCCUCCACGAUCCUUCCUACGACCCUCAAGAUCUUUACGAGCUUCUCCCAAUUAAGAAGUAAACCCGUCCGAGCUUUCAAUAUUUUUAAAACAGAAGUAUUAUAAGGUUUAAGAAUUUAUAUUUUCGUAUCAACAUAAAAAAAAAGGAAAAAAUAUCAGAAAUCUGUGUUGUAUUUGACUAAUUUUGUGUGUCAUGCAUUGUAAAUUAUUCUUGAGUCUUGUCUCGCCUGCCAUGACUCGAAUAAACCAAGAGAAAUGAACAUUA